AUGAAUCCCCCGUCUCCACCAGAGCACGAGCAGCAGUGGUCUCCCUCAUUGUUUGAAAUGAGAUUGAACAAGAUUGAAGAGUAUUUAAAGUGCACGGAAUCCAGUGAGUUUACCAACUCAGAUGAAGGUAUCAAAAGCUAUUCACAUCAUCAGCGAGGCUGUUAUUUUUCCUAUGAAAGGGAGUUGUCUAUGUUCAAAUUCUACACUGAGAAAAACUGUCUGACGGAAUGUAUUGCUAACUGUUCUCUAAUCGACAUUUUUGGCAUGUUUAAUGGUUUUAAUGUUAUGUCAUUCCUAGAGACUAUAUUCUAUUCUAUUUAG